GCGGCUCCCGCUAUCUCCAGCUGAGGUCACUAUAAAAGCAGACGACGCACACGAGCCGUCGCACACACCGUGUCUCAGAUCCACCGAGUUGUCGUCUGACGCCCUCGCCAGAGAAACGCGGCAUGGAGACUGCGAGCACGGCGCACUGGACGGGGGCGGCGGUCGCCCCUGACACCUGCGCCGUGGGCGGCGCCGGGGGAGCGCUGUUCGCGCAGCUGUUGGCCACCCUGGUGCACGCGCAGUGCCUGCUGGGGGACCGCAGCGCCUACCCGCCGGACACGGCGAGCCCGCUGCCGGAGUACGACUUCGUGGUGGUCGGCGCCGGGUCUGCGGGGGCGACGGUGGCCGCCCGCCUCUCGGAGAACCCCGACUGGACGGUGCUGCUGCUCGAGGCCGGCGGCGACCCGCCGCCCACCUCCGACGUGCCGCGGCUCUUCCCGACGCUACAGAAGACCGAGGCGGACUGGCAGUUCGAGACGGAGCCGGACCCCCGCGCGUGCCGCGCCUUCCGCGGCGGCCGGUGUGCGUGGCCGCGCGGCAGGGCGCUGGGCGGCUCCAGCGUGCUCAACUGGAUGAUCCACGUGCGCGGGCCCGUGCAGGACUACGACGUGUGGGCGGCGCUCGGCAACGACGGCUGGGCGUACCGCGACGUGCUGCCCUUCUUCAUCAAGUCGCAGGACGUGGAGGCGGGCGAGCUGCGGCGCCGCCCCCACGCGGCCGCCGUGCACGGCACGGGCGGCGGGCUGCGCGUCAGCAAGUUCGGCCCCGACGACCCGUUCAUGCGCACGCUCAGCGACGCCGCCAGGGAGGCGGGCCACAGAGUCGUCGACGACUUCAACUCGGACGGCUAUCUCGGUUUCACAAACAACUUCGGUACGGUGCGGAACGGGACCAGGUGGAACGUGGCUAAAGCGUUCCUGGUACCGGCGAAGAGCCGAGAGAAUCUCCACGUCGUGAAGCACGCACACGUCACCAAAGUCCUCGUCGAUCCCGCGACGAAGCAGGCGUACGGAGUCCAGUACCUCAAAGACGGGAAAGAGCGCGAGGUGAAGGUCGCGAAGGAAGUGGUAGUGUCUGCGGGAGCUGUCAACACGCCACAAGUUCUGAUGCUGUCCGGUAUCGGGCCGAAGGAACACUUGGAGGAAUUGGGAAUACCGGUGGUGAAGGACCUAGUCGGAUUCAACCUUCAAGAUCAUACCAUUUACACUGGACUCGUGUACCUAAUAGAGAAUUCCGAGCGAGAUUUGGAGAGUAAGAAGAAUCAGGUGCUUCAGGGCGCUUUCGAGUACCUGACGAACAGGACGGGUAUCCUGUCCAACACCGGCCUCACCAGCUACCAGGGCUUCGUGAGGACGGACAGCGCCCCGGACGACGACGAGACCUACCCGGACAUCCAGUACCACUACGCGCGGUUCGAGCCGAGCUUCGAGGAGUGGACGGAGGCGUUCCUGGAGGCGGGCAGCUACGGCGACGAGUACCGCACGGCGCUGCGCCUGCUGGCCGAGCGCCACGACGUGGUGCUGGUGCUGCCCACGCUGCUGGGGCCCACGAGCCGCGGCCGCGUCGCGCUGCGCAGCCCACACCCCGCAGACCCGGUCGCCAUCCACGCGGGCUACUACAGCGACCCCAGGGACUCGGACAACAUGCUGGCCGGCAUCCGGCUGGCGCACCGCCUGGGCACCACGGAGGCGAUGCGCCGCGCCGGGGUGCUCGUCAGGGACGUGCCCGUGGCGGCGUGCGCCGGGCUGCCGCCGCUCACCGACCAGUACUGGCGCUGCGCGCUGCCGCAGCUCACCACCACGCUGUACCACCCGGCCGGCACCGCCAAGAUGGGGCCCGCCGCCGACCCCGACGCCGUCGUCGACGCGCGGCUGCGCGUGCACGGCGUGCGGGGCCUGCGCGUCGCCGACGCCUCCGUCAUGCCGCUCGUCGUCAGGGGCAACACCAACGUGCCCUCCGUCAUGAUCGGCGAGAAGUGCGCCCACAUGGUGGCAGAGGACUGGCGCCAGCAAUGACGGCCGCUGUCGCCCUAGUCUCGUGAAUUUUUAACUGCACGCAGUGUUCACCUUGUGACGUACCGCACCUACAGCUACCCCCCACGUUCGAAAGACUCCGGCACCACCCACCACCACACAUAUCUGCAAACGACUGGGUCAGUGGUCGACUGUAAAAUGCUAACCCUGUAAGGCGAAAGUCGUAUUAUAAACACACAGCGUCAAGCAUCUCCAACUGUUCGUAUCUGAAACACACACUGCCAUUCAUAGUGACAUCGACGCCAGAAAAUAAACGGAACCAAAACAUAAUUUACGGGCAACACUGAAUUUAAGUUGGGCUUCUUAACCUGAACACAUAAAGAGUUGUCCUCUCACCAGAAUACAGCGACAACACAUAAUAUCCUCAUAAUACAAUAAAACGGUAAAUAUUACUCGAAAGCAAACGCUAAUAGGAAUUAUAGGGGAAACACCUUUUCUUUUAUCUUUCUUAAAGAUCACAAAGAUGUCAUGCAAAUGGGUUUGGUGCUGAACAAUUUACUGCUACAGUUCUCUUACCUAUAAUGAGACCUGCCGCAAUAUUCACUUACCAACUUUAUAUUAUUACUCACACUGCGAAUAAACCUUAUGUUUCUCUUACUAACGUUCUUUGAAACUGAUAGCCUCUCCUUGCAGUUAGUUUCCUCCUUUCUAGGGACAGAAUUCCUCUUUCUCUCUAGAAAACCUGCUGCAAGCCCCCUUCAACUUUCGCUGUGACAGCUACUCCUCUGAGGAGUCCACCGCCACAGUGACAGCUCUUGCUACUUCCUCGGUCCCCUCCACACCCGCCACCACUCACUUAUCGCACUCAGUACCCCACCCCACACACCGCACUCAUUUAUGAUCAGCCACUGUGCUGUCGCUUGGUACACUAUCAAAUUUCUAAACAACAACGCCAACAUACUCCCGUCCUACUUCGCUGUCGAGUAAGAUCACUUUAGUUUCUCGCUUUCGUCGUACUCCAGAAGCCACAGAGACUGCUUAUCAAAGGAGCAGCAGCAUUUUGCAGCCGACGACCCAGAGGCUUUCGGUGCACAGUAUCAACCACGAUGACCCCAGGGCCACUGUGGUGUCACAGCUAUUCCCAAUACAGAAUUUGUUUCUUCAGUUCCAGUCUACGAUCACAAAAGUUGUCGUCGUAGUAUUGGUUUCAUCCCAUGAUCUUCAGAUGUGUUUAAAAUAUACCCUAUUUUACCAGAGGCCAUAAAGGUUUCACAGUCAACACUACUAGUCAGUAAACUUUAGUGAGGCCAGAAUUCCCAAUGGCACAGCAAUCGACCGAGCGAGAGCAGCUAAGCGAGGUUUCUGGCUUUCCCACACCCCUGAACAAUGGACUCGCAGGUCACACUCUCACACUGAGGACCACGGCAUCGCCCAGGGAGACGUUACAUUUCUUGCAGCCGAAUUGUGGCCGGCGUCAGUUACAAAAGUGUGCUCAGCGUUUCCCCAGCGGCCUUUAACCGUAUCGAGCUCUUUGCUGCCACCAAGCAAUUUACUACCAUCACAGCAAGCAGUAUCUCCAGCUGAAAAAUUUAAUUAAACCUCCUUAAUGCUAUCGCUAUCCGUUGUUCUACGAAUUUCUCAAAUUACUGAUUAUUAUUACACAAAUACAAGAUCACGAAGAGACAUGGGCUUCCUCCUUACAGCGGAAGUGACUGCUGGGUCUCACAGAACGAUGUUGGUGUAGGUACCAGGAGGUUCACGAUCCCAGCAAUUGAGCGCUCUAGCGAAAUGUUGUAAUGUUGCUCUGAUGUCUUCCAGUGUGUCUAAGCCUGUGUGGAGUCGUAUUAUUGCCUUCCUGCACGAAUUCGCAGACAGACUUGAGACAUCUGGAAUUACUUCUUCGGCAGCUACCUUCCGCAAGUGUGUAGACAGAUAAGUCAAUUACAAAAAUAUUAAUUGCAAACUGUAUGGCAAUCAUAUAUAAUGAUGAUUUUCUACAUGAAUUUCAAUUUUACUGGUGUGUGUGCAAGUUUUAAUAUGUACUCAGUUUAUAUUUUUCAAAAUAAAAGUGUCAAAAUAUA